AUGGCUUCCAUCGUGAAUAACGUGGUCCAGCUUGUUGCUGAAGACCAUGUUGACGUUACCGACAGCGGAGCGGAUCUCGAGAGUAUUCAGUCAGAGACAACAAGCAUCAAGGCGUCUAUGCUAGAGUGGCGCCAAGAGAACGGUCGAACAUAUCACAAGUAUAAGGACGGCAACAUGCAGCAUGAGAUCUUCUAUCUCACGUGGGAUGGGAAGCUUGGCGUGACCCCACCGUGUGAGCCUGGCGCGAAAGUUGGUCGUGUUCUCGAUCUCGGCACGGGCACUGGACUGUGGGCAAUCGACUUUGCGGACCUUCAUCCUGAAGCUGAAGUGCUGGGCAUGGACCUUUCUCCUGUCCAGCCGUCAGACGUUCCGCCCAAUGUGAAAUUUGAGAUUGAUGAUAUCGAGGAGGAGUGGCUUUAUUCACAGCCAUUCGACUACAUCCAUAGUCGAAUCAUCACCGGCGGCAUCAGUGACUGGAAGAAGAUGAUCAAAAAGGCCUACGACCACCUCACGCCCGGCGGAUGGUACGAGAUUCAGGAGUCAGACAUGUCACCAGCCGCCGACGAUGGGACACUUCCCCCCGAGAAGGCCCUGUCUAGAUUUGGUGCCCUCAUCCGUGAAGCUUACGUAGAGAUGGGCGUACCCCUGGUCCACGUUCCUGAUUUGAAGGAUGUCCUCACAGAGGUUGGGUUCGAAGACGUAGAGCUGACCGUCUUCAAAUGGCCUACGAAUCCUUGGGCUAAGGACCCCAAGUACAAGAAGAUCGGAGAAUGGAAUUAUCACAACUUUGGCGGCGCGGUCGAGACCGUUUCCUUGGCGCCCCUUACCCGGGUGCAUGGUUGGUCCAAGGAGGAGGUGCUGGUGUUCGCCGCCGAUGUGCGCAAGGAUCUCAGGGACCCCAAGGUUCACUCUUACUUUCCCAUCUAUACGCUUGUGGGCAGGAAGCCGUUGAAAGCAGGGACUUCAGCAGCGGCCACCGAGACCACUCCGGCUGAGGCCUCAGCUUCACCUCAGUGA